AUGUCAGGCCAUCAGCUGAUCGCGACCCACAGAGACGGCGCCGAGAUCCAUCACGGCGAAGACAUAUGCAAGCAAAAGUCUCACCAGCUCCUCGACAAGAUGCAUCUUCCGCGUGGCCUCCUUCCUCUAGACGACGUCGUCGAGUUUGGCUACAACGCCACCUCGGGGUUCGUGUGGCUCAAGCAGAAGAAGCGAAAGGAGCACCGGUUCCACGCCGUCGGACGCACGGUUUCGUACGACGCGGAUGUCAUGGGGUUUGUGGAGGAGCAUCGUAUGAGGCGUCUCAGUGGGGUUAAGAGUAAGGAGAUUUUUAUCUGGGUGUCAAUUUCCGAUAUCUAUGUGGAUCCGACUACUGAUCCCGACAAGAUCACGUUCGCCAACGGCUCUGGUAUGUCGAGGUCAUUCCCGAUCACGGCGUUUCAGCUUGAAGAAGGUGGAGCUGGAAGUGGUAAUAAUGGGAAAAAGUAA